AUGGAAGUUAAAAGAGAAAGGGAUUCUGUGAAGAUGACAUCGGUUGGUGUGGCGCCAACUUCAGGUUUGAGAGAGGCCAGUGGGCAUGGAGCAGCAGGUGUUGAUAGAUUGCCAGAGGAGAUGAACGAUAUGAAAAUUAGGGAUGAUAGAGAAAUGGAAGCCACAGUUGUUGAUGGCAAUGGAACGGAGACAGGACAUAUCAUCGUGACUACCAUUGGGGGUAGAAAUGGUCAGCCGAAGCAGACUAUAAGCUACAUGGCAGAACGAGUUGUAGGUCAUGGAUCAUUUGGAGUUGUCUUCCAGGCUAAGUGUUUGGAAACUGGUGAAACUGUGGCUAUCAAAAAGGUUCUUCAAGACAAAAGGUACAAGAACCGGGAGCUGCAAACAAUGCGCCUUCUUGACCAUCCAAACGUUGUUUCUUUGAAGCAUUGUUUCUUUUCAACCACUGAAAAGGAUGAAUUAUACCUUAAUUUGGUACUCGAGUAUGUUCCUGAAACAGUAAAUCGUGUGAUCAAACAUUACAACAAGUUGAACCAAAGGAUGCCUCUGAUUUAUGUGAAACUCUACACAUACCAGAUCUUUAGAGCAUUAUCUUAUAUUCAUCGUUGUAUUGGAGUCUGCCAUCGGGAUAUCAAGCCACAAAAUCUAUUGGUCAAUCCACACACACACCAGGUUAAAUUAUGUGACUUUGGAAGUGCAAAGGUUUUGGUAAAAGGCGAACCAAAUAUAUCGUACAUAUGUUCUAGAUAUUAUAGAGCACCUGAGCUCAUAUUUGGAGCAACUGAAUAUACUACAGCCAUUGACAUCUGGUCUGUUGGAUGUGUUUUAGCUGAGCUGCUUCUUGGACAGCCUUUGUUCCCUGGUGAGAGUGGAGUUGAUCAGCUUGUUGAGAUCAUAAAGGUUCUUGGCACCCCAACAAGGGAAGAGAUUAAAUGCAUGAACCCUAACUAUACAGAAUUUAAAUUCCCACAGAUUAAAGCACAUCCAUGGCACAAGAUCUUCCAUAAGCGCAUGCCUCCAGAGGCUGUUGAUCUGGUAUCAAGACUACUACAAUACUCCCCUAACUUGCGGUGCACAGCUUUAGAUGCCUUGAUGCAUCCUUUCUUUGAUGAGCUUCGUGAUCCAAAUACUCGCUUGCCAAAUGGCCGAUUCCUUCCACCACUAUUUAAUUUCAAAUCUCAUGAACUGAAAGGAGUCCCAGCUGAGAUUUUGGUGAAAUUGGUUCCAGAGCAUGCGAGGAAGCAAUGCCCGUUUCUUGGCUUGUGA